CUGCCCCACCGGCCAUGCAGAGCCGCCCGGCCCCCCCGCUCCUCCGGUAACUUCUCUCAUACACACACCCUCCAUAUCCCUCCCGGGCCUGUCACACCGGGGCCGCCAUCUUCCUCCCGGGCCUGUAACACCGGGGCCGCCAUCUUCCUCCCGGGCCUGUCAUACCGGGGCCGCCAUCUUCCUCCCGGGCCUGUCAUACCGGGGCCGCCAUCUUCCUCCCAUACCGGGGCCUCCACCGUUCCCUCAACCCCCAGCCCCACGGUCCGAUAACUCCUCCCUCCCCGCUAUUCCAUCGAGCCUCCUCCCCCAACCGCUGCCGGCACCGGCUCCGUUACGCCCCGCCCCGCCUCUCUCUGCGAGUAUCUCCUCUCCCGGCCGCCAUAUUGCCCCCCCCCCAUUCCCGGGCCGUAUUGCUGCUGUUAGUGUGUCUGUGUGGGGGCCAUGGGGGUGCAGGGCUUCCAGGAGUACAUGGAGAAACACUGCCCCAGUGCUGUGGUACCGGUGGAGCUGCAGAAGUUGGCCCGGGGCUCCCUGGUGGGGGGCGGAAGGCAGAGACCCCCCCAGUCCCCCCUUAGGCUGUUGGUAGAUGCAGAGAACUGCCUCCACCGGCUCUAUGGGGGCUUCUACACUGACUGGGUGAGUGGGGGCCAGUGGAACCACAUGCUGGGCUACCUGGGGGCCCUGGCCAAGGCUUGCUACGCGGGGAACAUCCAGCUCUUCGUCUUCUUCAAUGGGGCCCUGGAGAAGGGCCGGCUGCACGAGUGGGUCAAGCGCCAGGGCAACGAGCGCCAGACUGCCCAGCAGAUUGUCUCCCACAUACAGAACAAGGGCACCCCGCCACCCAAGGUCUGGUUCCUGCCACCCAUCUGUAUGGCCCACUGCAUCCGCCUGGCUCUGCUGAGAUUCCACAUCAAGGUUGCCCAGAGCAUUGAGGAUCAUCACCAGGAAGUCAUUACCUUUUGCCGCGAGAACGGUUUCCAUGGCUUGGUGGCGUAUGACUCUGAUUACGCCCUGUGCAACAUACCCUACUACUUCAGCGCCCACGCCCUCAAACUGAGCCGCAACGGGAAAAGCCUCACCACCAGCCAAUAUCUGAUGCACGAAGUCGCCAAGCAACUGGACCUCAACCCAAACCGAUUCCCCAUUUUCGCUGCUCUUUUAGGUAAUCACAUUCUACCUGAUGAAGAUCUCGCUGCCUUUCAUUGGAGUUUACUUGGCCCAGAACAUCCCCUGGCGUCGCUGAAGGUGCGGGCUCACCAGCUUGUCUUGCCUCCCUGUGACGUAGUGAUCAAAGCAGUGGCCGACUAUGUGCGCAACAUUCAGGAUACCAAUGACUUAGACGCCAUUGCUAAAGAUGUAUUUCAGCACUCGCAGUCCAGAACUGAUGACAAAGUUUCCCGUUUCAAGAAAGCAAUUGCUUAUUACAGAGCAACGAACAAGCCCCUGUCGUGCCCACCCGCUCAUUACUUAGGCAGACCAAAUCCGGGUGGAAUCCACAGCAUGGUGCCGCCGUACCCAUCCCCUCAGAUGCUGAACAUUCCACAGGGCUCCGUACAAUCCAGACCUAUGACAGGUGGGAAAUGCGUUUCUGAACAGAACAAUUACAGUAACAUUCCCCAUGAAGGAAAACACACUCCCCUGUAUGAGCGAUCGUCUCCAAUCAACCCAGCACAGAGCGGCAGCCCAAACCACGUGGAUUCCAACUACUUCCCUCCAUCUUCAGCCUCAUCCUCCUCUGAAAACGAAGACGGCAACGGAGGGUCUGCUAAUCAUGUCAGUGGGAACAAGCCUACCUGGGAUAAAGGGAAAAAAUCAGAAAAAGCAAACAAGAAAGACUCUACUGAACAGGCAAAGGCAGAAGUUCCUUCUCCUUCUGGAUCGGGGAAUAAGGGAACUGAUAAAAAAGCCAACCAACCUGGACACAUGCAGAUCCCUUGUCUUCUGUCAAUGCCGACCCGGAACCACAUGGAUAUCACAACUCCACCUCUCCCCCAAGUGGCACCGGAAGUACUGAGAGUUGCAGAACAUCGCCACAAAAAGGGCUUAAUGUAUCCUUACAUAUUCCACGUGCUGACUAAGGGGGAAAUGAAAAUUCCAGUUACUAUUGAAGAUGAAAUCAACAAGGACCUGCCCCCUGCCGCCAUCUUGUACAGGCCAGUUCGCCAGUAUGUUUAUGGGGUGCUGUUCAGCCUGGCAGAAAGCAGGAAGAAAGCGGAACGACUUGCUUUCCGGAAGAACAGAAUGCCGCCAGAGUUUUAUGUUCCAGACUUACCGGUCAUCAUUAAGGAAUGGGCAGCCUACAAGGGCAAGUCCCCCCAGACCCCCGAGUUAGUGGAAGCACUGGCUUUCAGGGAAUGGACCUGCCCCAACCUGAAGAAGCUGUGGCUAGGGAAAGCCGUUGAGGACAAAAACAGAAGAAUGAGAGCUUUCCUGGCGUGUAUGAGAUCCGAUACCCCCGCCAUGCUCAAUCCGGCUAAUGUGCCCACCCAUUUAAUGGUGCUGUGUUGUGUCCUACGGUAUAUGGUGCAGUGGCCCGGAAUCCGGAUACUGCGCAGGCAGGAGCUUGACGCCUUCCUUGCCCAGGCAAUAUCCCCAAAGCUCUAUGAACCCGAUCAGCUGCAGGAGCUAAAGAUUGAUAACCUAGACCCCAGGGGAAUUCAGCUGUCGGCUUUGUUCAUGAGCGGAGUGGACAUGGCGUUCCUGGCUAACGAUGCCUGCGGCCAGCCAAUCCCGUGGGAGCACUGCUGCCCUUGGAUGUAUUUUGAUGGGAAGCUGCUGCAGGCCAAGCUGAAUAAAGCCACCAGGGAGAAGGCUUCACUCAUUGACCUCUGUGAUGGUCAGGUGGAACUGGCCACCAAGGUGGAGAAAAUGCGUCAGAGCAUCCUGGAAGGGUUGCAUUUCUCACGGCAAAAUCACCUUCCGUUUCCACCUCCACCCGCGAUGCCUUUCUACCCAGCUGCUAUGUACCCCCGACCCUGUGGACCAAUGCCACCACCUCAGGGCAGAGGGAGAGGAUUCCCUGGAGUCCAACCCAUGCCUUCUCAGGGAGGGAAGCUGGAGAUCGCUGGCACGGUUGUAGGCCAGUGGGCAGGGACCAGACGUGGGCGCGGGAGAGGACCAUUUCCCCUGCAGGUGGUGUCUGUGGGCGGAGCCAAUAGAGGACGCCCAAGAGGAGUUAUAUCCACCCCAAUUAUACGGACUUUCGGAAGAGGCAGAUACUACGGAAGAGGAUUUAAGAACCAAGGGCCACCACAGGCCAAGCCUCCUUACGCUACUUCGGCUGAAGAAGUGGCCAAAGAGCUUAAGACACAGUCGGAAGACUCCAAAUCAUCAGCAGUGUCUUCAGACGGAUCCCUCGCCGAGAACGGUUUGGCCAGCGAGGAGGCGCCGGCCUCUCAGAUGAACGGGGGCUCGGGAGAAGCGAGGGCUUCCAGCAACUCCGAAAGUGCCUUAAGCAGUGACUCUAAGUUGUGCAAUACAAACCCUCACCUAAAUGCACUAAACGCAGACAGCGUGCGCCACAAGGAGCAGCCUCUAGAGGGCGCUGUCGCUAAUAAAGAAGAAUAAACUUAUUUUUUCUAGAGGGUGAAGGAUCGGUAGAGUUAAGGGUAAGGAAUAUCUGGGGAGAAAGAGAGCCUA